GGUCACGCGAAAAAUAUUAAGAGGAUCCCAAACAUUCUUUUCGAUUUCCACUUUAUGUUGCAUCUCCAAUUUGUAUUCUUGAUAAACUAGAUACGAAGAGAAACAAAAAUGAGGUUAAGUCACGAUAAAGUAAAAGCACAUAUGUAUGAUACACAUAAAGAAAGAACACAUUAUAGUCAAAUUAUCAGAAUUAGCUGUUAAUCCUAGAUCACUGAAAAGUAUGUUACCUCAAUGUCUUCUACAAUUUGGAUUUGGAAACAAAUAUCUGGCCUUGCAACACGAUAUAAUGAUGUGGUAUAUGCACGUCCUAUGAUUUCACACUCUUAUAAAUUUCUUGUUUAUUUUGGUGGUGAUAUUCAAGAUUUUCAAGAAAAUAUGGUAAAACAUGUAGAAAAGAAAAAAUAUACAGAGUGGAGUUUGAACAAUACUGCGGAUAUUCUAUCACACAACUUUCCUAAAUAUCACGUAUUUGUUAUCUGUCCAUCUAGGAUAUCAAACUUAUUUAGUUGCUUUGAUAAUUUUGUAAAAUCCAAUAAUGAUUAUGGAAUCCCAACAUUUUCUCCUACAUUCAAUGCCUUAAAUAAUCUUCAAGAACUGGUUAGAUCAUUUUGUACAAAACUUAAUACAUUGGAUAUGAAUCAGGAUACAGCAACAUAUGCACCUGAUAAAGUAAAUUUAACGUUAAUAGCCUUUAGUAAAGGAUGCGUAGUAUUAAAUCAAUUUCUGUAUGAAUUUCAAUAUUAUCAAUCACAAUCGAUACCUGAUACAAGUAUGAUCAAUUUUAUAAAUAAUAUAAAAAGUAUGUGGUGGUUAGAUGGUGGUCAUGGUGGUUACAAAGACACCUGGAUUACAGAUAGAGGUGUGCUUGAGUCAUUAGCAAAGUUAAAGGUAGAUAUUCAUGUACACGUGACACCAUAUCAAAUUGAGGAUGAUUCUCGACCUUGGAUCGCUACGGAAGAAUCUAGCUUUUUUAAUACAUUACAAAGUUUAAAUGUGCCUACACAACGUACUGUACAUUUUCAAAAUAAACCACGGAGUAUAAUAAUGCAUUUCAAUAUACUUAAAAUUAUAAAAGAAGAAACAUAAUUUUCAUAUAUUAAAA